AUGGAGGAAGACCGUAUUCAGGAAUGCGUCGAGAGCGUCAACACGACCUCGAAUGAGUUCAAUUUAUUGUUAGAUGAGAUCACAGCCCGAUACAACAAACAGACAAAGGAGAUCAACAAAUGGCUCCUCUACACCAAAGAUUUCCAACAGACUAUUGCCGACACGUUGGAGCAGCAGAAACUCAGGAAGCAAGAAGCUGAUAUCAAAGCUAUGACACGGGCACCCAGAACACCCCGAACUCCGAGAACACCGAACACACUCCAAAUGCCUAAUUAG